AUGGGCCCCUGUACCGCCUCCUCAUGCUGCUGCCAGGCCCGUAAUCUGCCAUGGGCCCCCGUACCGACUCCUCAUGCUGCUGCCAGGCCCGUAAUCUGUCAUGGGCCCCUGUACCGCCUCCUCAUGCUGCUGCCAGGUCCAGAGUGUGUCAUGGGUCCCUGUACGGCCUCCCAUUGCUGCUGUCUCCAUCGCCACACUCUGCCAUGUGCCACUUUCAGGUCUCCUCACACUGCUGGUGGGUUCCAUUUUUUCAUAGGGUGCUGUAUGGCCUCCCAUUGCUGCUGCCUCCACCGCCACACUGUGGCUCCACACUCUGGUUUUGGCCCCGUGACUGCCCAAAUGAGUGAAGUGUGCGGUGAUUCUAAGAUCGACGGCACUCAUCUGCAUGUCAUACUGACUGACAGUAUUAUUUCUCUUCCCCAGCAGACUCCAAGGGCAUUUAAAUUAAAGUACAGUGUUCUGCACUAAUAUAA